AGAGCGGGGUUUAAAAGGCAGCAGCCGGAGGCAGGGGUUCAAAGGCGGGAGGCAGGGCCGGUGUGAGUGCGAGGGAGCGAGCGGACGGGACAGGAGGAGAGGAGCGGCGGGGGGCAUCCACGCCUUCCCGGCCCGCCGGCGAUGUCCAACGUGCACCUCUCCGGCGCCGCCGCCCUGGAGCGCCUCUCGGCCCGGCGAGCCCUGGUCGGGCACGGCCGCAGCCCCGUCUGCAGGAGUCUCUUCGGGCCGGUGGACCACGAGGAGUUGGGCCGGGAACUGCGGGAGCGCCUGCGGGAGAUGGGGGAGGACGACCAGCGCCGCUGGGACUACAACUUCCAAACCGACACACCGCUGCCGGGGCCCGGCCGCCUGCGCUGGGAGGAGGUGGAGGCUGGCGCCGUGCCCGCUUUCUACCGGGAGACCCUGCAGGUGGGACGGUGCCGCGUCCCCCUCGUCCGGGCGCCUCAUUCCCCGCCGCCGCCGCCCGCCGCCGGCAAGGGGCCCGGGGGGCGCCUGAGCCGGGAGAACCGCGCAGCGCCCCGCCGCCGCAGCAUGCGGCUCCGCCGGAGGGGCCCGACGGCCCGCAUCACAGAUUUCUUCGCGAGGAGAAAAAGGCCGGCGGAGCCUAAGGCGGCGGCGGAGCGCCCCGCCGGCUGCCCGCCGCCCCCAGCUGCCGUGCCAGCUGAACAGACCCCCCGCAAGCGGCUCCGGUGAGCCAGACUUUUGCACUACUGCACCCACGGGAGAGGCGCGACGCCCCGGAGGCGCGGCGGGCCGGGGGGGGGGGCGGCGCGGCGAGCCGGGACCCCCCCGCGCCCGCCCGGCCCGGGAGCCGGAGCGGAGCCGCAGCGCCGGCCGCGCACGGAGCAGUGUUAUCGUACAACAGUGCAAUGUGUGACGUUCUGUAUAGAAAUGUAUUAUGCCUAAUGUGAGUACACUGGCCAGAAGUGUAAAGCUUUAAAAGUCGUUUAUAAGAAAUGUUUAAUCUCUGCUGAGCUCUCAGUGCAAAAAAAAAAAAAAAAAAAGGAAAAAUUAAAAAAAAAACAAGUGUAUAUUUGUACAAAACUUUUUUUAAGAGUUAUACUAACUUAUAUUUUCUAUUUAUGUCAGAAACGUGGAUAACUUUGACAUCCAAUAGUAUUUUGUUUCUUUUUGGUUAAGCUAAAGGGCACUAUAUUUGCUUUUGUUAUUCACAAAAUGUAAAUUUAUUUUUAUAGUGGAUUUUUUUUUUUUUUUGCGUUCACAAGAUGUAGCUAUGAAUCAAAAGAUUUUUUAGACUUUACUUGAAGACAAAUCUGUUUCAGUGGAUCCUGAGCCGGUCUGUACCACUGCUAUUGCAAAUAAUGCCACAACUUCAAUAAUAAAAUUAAAGGAAACGGCCGCAAA